CGGAGCCCGGGCGGCGAGCGGCGGGGGCGGAGGCGGAGGGCGGCGCUGCAGCCGCGGGAGCCCGGGAGCGGCCGGCAGGAGGCGGCGCUGAGAACUUGAACUUGGCGCCGGGAGCGGGCGCCCCGGACGCCCCCCGCCGGGGCCGGGGCGCCGAGGGACCUGGGCGGCAGCGCUGUCCCCCGAAUGGCCGCGGCGGCGGCCCGGGCUCCCGCGCCGCGGCCCUAGGCGGCCUCUCGCCAUGGCCAAGUGGCUGAACAAGUACUUCAGCUUGGGCAACAGCAAGACCAAGAGCCCCCCGCAGCCGCCGCGGCCCGACUACCGCGAGCAGCGGCGCCGGGGCGAGCGGCCCUCGCAGCCCCCGCAGGCGGUGCCGCAGGCCCCCGCGGCCGCCUCGGCGUCCUGCGGCCCGGCCGCCGCUUCUUGCUUCUCGGCCUCGUCGGGGUCGCUGCCCGACGACAGCGGCAGCACGAGCGACCUCAUCCGCGCCUACCGCGCGCAGAAGGAGCGCGACUUCGAGGACCCCUACAACGGGCCCGGCUCGUCGCUGCGCAAGCUGCGCGCCAUGUGCCGCCUGGACUACUGCGGCGGCGGCGGCGGGGAGGCGGCCGGGGGGCAGCGCGCCUUCUCCGCCUCGUCCGCGUCGGGCGCCGCCGGCUGCUGCUGCGCGUCUUCGGGCGCGGGCGCCGCCGCGUCCUCGUCUUCGUCCUCGGGCUCCCCGCACCUGUACCGCAGCAGCAGCGAGCGGCGGCCCGCCACGCCGGCCGAGGUGCGCUACAUCUCGCCCAAGCACCGCCUCAUCAAGGUGGAGAGCGCGGCGGGCAGCGUCGGGGACCUGCCGGGGGGCGCCUGCUCGGGCGGCCGCACCUGGAGCCCGACGACCUGCGGGGGCAAGAAGCUGCUCAACAAGUGCGCCUCGACGGCCGCGGAGGAGAGCGGGGCUGGCAAGAAGGACAAGGUGACCAUCGCAGAUGACUACUCAGAUCCCUUUGAUGCCAAGAACGAUCUCAAGAGCAAAGCAGGCAAGGGGGAGAGUGCCGGCUACAUGGAGCCCUACGAGGCCCAGAGGAUCAUGACAGAAUUUCAGAGGCAAGAAAGUGUGCGGUCCCAGCACAAGGGCAUCCAGCUGUAUGACACCCCUUACGAGCCUGAGGGCCCAAGCGUGGACUCCGACUCAGAGAGCACAGUCAGCCCCCGACUACGGGAGAGCAAGCUGCCCCAGGAUGAUGACAGGCCUGCCGAUGAGUACGACCAGCCGUGGGAGUGGAACCGGGUCACCAUCCCGGCCCUGGCAGCCCAGUUUAAUGGCAACGAGAAGCGUCAGGCAUCCCCCUCACCUUCCCGAGACCGGCGACGCCAGCUCCGAGCUCCUGGAGGGGGCUUCAAGCCCAUCAAGCAUGGGAGCCCCGAGUUCUGUGGAAUCCUGGGAGAAAGAGUGGACCCCACUGUCCCACUGGAGAAGCAAAUCUGGUAUCACGGAGCCAUCAGCAGAGGAGACGCCGAGAACCUGCUGCGACUCUGCAAAGAGUGCAGCUACCUCGUCCGCAACAGCCAGACCAGCAAGCACGACUACUCCCUCUCUCUGAAGAGCAACCAGGGCUUCAUGCACAUGAAACUGGCCAAAACCAAAGAGAAGUACGUUCUGGGUCAGAACAGCCCCCCAUUCGACAGCGUUCCAGAAGUCAUCCACUACUACACCACCAGGAAGCUACCCAUCAAAGGGGCCGAGCACUUGUCCCUCCUCUACCCUGUGGCCGUGCGGACCCUGUGAACAGCCCUGCCCGGCCUGGCCACGGAGCCCAGGUGUGGAGGGGCUCGAAGUACCCCUGCCCGGCCGCCGCACCCAGUUUGUUGCGUGUAUGGUACUAGCACACCACUGCAUGUCUCUAGAAUGCUGUUGCCACUUCUGGGGGCUGGAGAACACCCGGAUAAAGACCCAGGGAUGCGGACCAGCCCCCAAUCCCACCCCACCCCCUUGAGUUUCUGUGAAUUAAAAUAUUUGCAAACCCAAA